UAAUAUAGUCCCGAGGCUCACUCUCACUUUCAACUGAAACACUGAAUGGAACUCUAGUUCCCAAUUUUUCUAUCCAACAGUUCUUUAAUUUAGGUUUCUGAAAGUACUCCACAGCCGAAUCCCCAUUGCACAGAAUAUAACGUGAUUGAUUAAAUGUAGAUGUAAUGUAGAAUUCUCUUGCUAAUGCUUCGUUUCGAGAUGGGUCAGACCUGGUUCGAGCCAAUGCUGCCGAGGGUUCCGAGGAGGCUCUGGUUAGGGUUCCAAAAAUCAAUGGGUGUCCUCGUGGGUGGGAAUCACACCUCCUCCAGGCGCGUGCUUUAUCGAUCUCUCGCAAUCGCCUCAGCUAUUUCGAUCAUUCCCAUGCUGUACGUUUUAUCUUGUUCCGAUUUGGGAACGUUUGCUUCCGUGGCCUCCAGUGUCUGUGCCACGAGUCCGGGCUUCGCAAUUGCGAGUAUGGGUCCGGGCACAUAUUGGUUUCGUACCCAGCUCCUGAAUCCCAUUUGGGGCUCAUUUCAAUCGGUGCACUGCAAGGAAAAUGUGAAUUUGACCGUUAAUGUGGUUAGAGAGCUUGUGGAUAAGAACUUAUUGAAAUAUAAUGCUAAAGCUCUCUUUGUUGGAGAUGGACCGGCCUUUGCCGUGUUGGCAUUGCGAGAUCUGGGGUUCUCCAAUGCCUGCGGUGUUUAUGGGCACCGCUUUUUCUCGCUUAAUCGGAAACAGUUUGUUCAUGAGCUUGACUACAUGGACAAUUCAUUUGAUUUCGUGUUGUCCAGGGACGUAGACUUGGUUUCUGUCCCUGCAUUGCUUGUGCUCGAAAUUGAGCGGGUUCUUAGCCCAGGUGGGAUUGGUGCCAUGCUUGUGGGUGCUAGUGGUUCGGCCCCAAAUGGCUUGAUUAGGUCUGCCACCCCAGUUUCAUCCUUGCUGAAAAGUUCCACUGUCGUGCAUGUUGGUUAUGUGCACAACUUUACUCUGGUUGUCUUCAAGAAAAGAAUCGAAAAUGCCAGUUAUUUCAAGCAGUAUUGCCUUCCUUCUGACUGCCUGUCUUUGACAAAUAAUAAGCCUUUCAUGGACCAAAUUGAGCCCCUUGUGGAAAAAAAAUCAAUGGGAUUUGAGAACUGGUAUUCUUAUUUGCCCAAGCUUAUGAAUAUUGGUUAUAGGAAGCGAUUAGUCUAUAUUGAUAUUGGGGCAAGGGUGCAUCUACACUCUAAUAUUAUAAAUUGGUUCCUGCCCUCCUAUCCUAUUGAUAGCAAAGCAUUCAAUGUUUAUUUUGUUAACCAUAACACUUCAGUGCUGUUAUCCUAUGUCAAAAAACCUGGUAUCACCUUUGUAUAUCAUCCUGGCUUGGCUGGAAACAGGGCUUCAGCUGAUCUUAGUUCUGAUGAAGAUGUUGAUCCGCCUUUGCAAAAUGAAGGGUUUGAUUUUCUUUCCUGGUUUCAAGAAACAGUGCAAUAUGCAGAUUUUGUGGUUCUAAAGAUGAACUCAGGUAAGGUGGAAAGGAAAUUCUUGUUGGAGUUAUUUGAAAGUGGAGCAAUAUGCUUCGUAGAUGAGAUGUUCCUUCAUUGUGAAGAGGGAGGAGAUGGUGAAGGUGCAUUGAAGGGAGACUGCAUGGACCUCUUCAAGGGCCUUAGAAGCCGUGGUGUCUUUGUCCAUCAGUGGUGGGGUGACUAAGCAUGGUGAAAUCUUGGUUUCAUGUAUUUUGUUUGAACCGUCUUCAUUCUAGUUCUGCUGUUUUUGUAUGUUGUUCGAGUUUGUUGUUUAGGAUGUAUGAACAUCCAAUUGCCUUGUGGUUGGGCAUUUAAGCUAAAUAAUCAACCACAUAUGCUAGUGUUCGAGUCUGUCGUUAGGAUGUAUGAACAUCCGAAUUGCCUUGUGGUUGGCAACCAUAUGCAUUUCUAGUUAAUCAGGAAAUUUGUUGUGCGU